GUGGCUCGGUUCCGCAAGGUCUGAAAGAAAAGUAGGCACUUUUCUUCAUCGGUGCAACCGUUCAUGGUCGCACUCUGGUUGAAGGAGUCCAGGUGGAUCUCCGGAUCUUCCUUCCCGGUGAAUCUGGGGGCAUCGGUCUUGACCUUUCGCGGGAAAGGUGUCAGAUGGACCCUUGUGGUGAACGGGGACCCUGCCAGGGGUUUGUCCCGGUCAUUCUUCUCCCCGACCUUCUUUUCCAACCUUUCCAGCUUUGCCUCCAUCUGCUGGACGCGGUCGUUUGGGAUGGUUAACUGGUUCGCCACCGGUAACCUGGGCUGGCUUUCUGCCUCCCCUUCCUGGUGGGAGGCCCUCGUCCUCGCUGGCUCCUGCCGGUUAGACCGGGAGCGCCGGGUGCGGGCAGGCUCGGCCUCCCGCACCUCGCCUAGCCGGGCGAAUGCGCUGACGUGGGCAACACUCUGCCCCAGCCUCUGCUUGGCUGACUUCCUCCCUAUCCCCCAGCCUUUCGAAGGCGGAGUUUCGGGAGGUCGCUGGCCGGAUGUUUUUUCCUUUCUUCUUCUUGUGGGCCCUCGGGAUGUCCCACUCGCCGUCAUCGCUCUCAAUCGAGACGCAGUGACCAUCAGGAGUGAUUUGCGGAUCCGUAGCUUGCGGGGGACGCGACGGCCCUGCAGCGUUAAGUGCACCGGCCAAGUUGACCGGGGCCAUGGUGCUGACCAGCUGGGGCUGGAAAGGCUAAGGGGACAGGACCACGUGCGCCCACGUGGGGGCAUGCUGCUGAUGUGGUGCGAGGUGACUGGUUUCGUCCUCAAGCUGCCUUGUCGCCUUGUGAAGGGGAUCAUUCCCUUUGUCAAGUAGUGCUUUGGAUGGAUUCUCCAGCAUCUCCAUUUGUCCUCUACUGACACGGGUCGCUACACGCCAAGCCCUCGCAGAUCCUCCUCUGCCGACACUUUCCAACCCCAGAAACUACACCGGGUAAUCUCCGAGGGAUGAAUUCAUCGAAGUCUGGAACAAAUAGGAUGACAACGUAGUUUGACCGGUAUACUUUUUGUGAAGUGUACCGGUCAUAUUUUGGCCGAUGAUAUAUUGUUUUGCUGACGAUUUAAGUCUCCCUUCCAAAACUUUCGAGAUUGACCGGUCAAAGAUUCGGCCUUCUCCUUUGACCGGUCUUGGGUGAAAUACACCCAUCAACCAUCAUCCAGAGGUCAAAACAACAAUCCCUCCGUUGAAUAUGAAGAAGAGGAUCUCAGGAACAACACACUAAAAUUUCAUCCGGACC